GAGGAAACAUAACCAAAGCCAGAAGAACAGACAAGAAAGGAGAGCGUGCUGAGUUCAUGUUUGUUAAAUAUAAGCCAGUACCUUCUUUUUGGAUUUGGAUAGAGAUACUUAGGCUACGUCUACAGAUGUUUUGGAGUUAGUUUCUUUUUUUUUUUUUUUUUUUUACCCUUUGGCAUUCCAGAGGUGUGUGUGAGCUAAGUGGGACGGUCAGAAAAGAGGGAGGAGCUCCAGGGUUCUCUGUGUAUACCUUCCAGCUCUGAAUGGUAAAUAGUGGUCACAUGGGGCAACACUCUUAGAGCAGUGGGGAGAAAAGGGAGGGAAAAGGAACAAGGAAAGAGAGAGAGAGAGAGAGAGAGAGAGAGAGAGAGAGAGAGAGGAGAUUCACUGGAGAACUUUGAUCUGCCUCAUGUGCAGGAGGCAGCACUUUUACCCUGAGUUUAAAACCCACAGGAUCACAUUACAAAGACAAAGGAAACAACAGAUCUGGAAUACUUUUUUACUCAUCCUAGUGGGAGUGAAAGUUCAGCAGCUAGUUCCAUCCUGGUAUCGUCACUCGUGCCCUCUUCAUACUUUCUUGUGGGCAAGUAAAAACCUGAGAUGCCCACUAACUUCACCGUAGUGCCUGUGGAGGAUACAGAGGAGGGCAGCAGCAGCAUGGCUACAGCUGGAGGUGGCAAAGGGUUUGAGGAGGAAGACGAUGAGAACAACUUCCAAGGCUCUCACAUGGGAGAUGACAGUCAGAGGGAGUCCAGUCCAUUCCUUGACACAGACAAUGAUGAAGAACACUAUUACCAAGGCAAGACCAUGGCCCUGUUUGAGGAGGAAAUGGACAGUACCACUAUGGUAUCAUCACUUCUCAACAAGCUGGCCAACUACACCAACCUGACCCAGGGCGUUCGAGAGCAUGAGGAGGCAGAGAAUGCCGAUGGAACCAGGACAGUCACCGUCAUGAUGCCUCAAAUGGGAACCUUUAUUGGAGUUUACCUGCCGUGCCUGCAGAACAUCCUGGGUGUGAUACUCUUUCUUGUGGGUACGGCAGGAAUUCUAGGAUCCUUGGCUAUUGUCUCCAUGUGCUGCCUCUGUACCUUGCUGACAGCCAUAUCAAUGAGUGCCAUAGCAACCAACGGUGUUGUUCCAGCCGGUGGCUCGUACUACAUGAUCUCCAGAUCCUUGGGUCCAGAGUUUGGUGGAGCGGUGGGUCUCUGUUUCUAUCUGGGGACCACCUUUGCUGGAUCCAUGUACAUACUGGGCACCAUAGAAAUUCUGCUGACGUACAUUGUUCCAACAGCAGCAAUGUUUAAUGAAAGUGAAGAUUCACCGAUGAGCAACAAUAUGCGUGUCUAUGGCACGUGCUGUCUAGUCCUGAUGGCACUGGUAGUAUUUGUAGGGGUGAAGUAUGUGAACAAACUGGCUCUAGUGUUUUUGGCCUGUGUGGUUCUGUCGAUUCUGGCCACUUAUGCAGGAGUCAUCAAGACGCUUAUUGAACCACCUGAGUUUCAUGUCUGUCUGUUGGGGAACCGCUCCUUAAAAAAUGAAAAGUUUGAAACAUGUCUAAAGACAGAGGUUGUGAAGAACAACACUGUGGCCACCGAACUCUGGUCCCUUUUCUGUGACAGUAAAUAUCCCAACGCAACCUGUGAUGAGUACUUCACUUUAAACAACCUGACAGAAAUACGGGCAAUACCUGGGUUUCUGAGAGAGGUUAUUCAAGACAACCUCUGGGGCAACUAUGGUCCAGCUGGUAUGAUGAUAGAGAAGAAAAGACAGCCUUCAGCACCAGCCCAGGAGUCCUCCAAAGACAUCUAUAAUCCAUAUGUCUUCAAUGACAUCACCACCUACUUCACUCUGCUGGUGGGAAUCUACUUCCCCUCUGUCACAGGUAUAAUGGCUGGUUCCAAUAGAUCUGGUGAUCUCAGAGAUGCUCAGAGGUCAAUCCCAGUAGGAACUAUAAUGGCUAUUCUUACAACCUCGUUCUUCUACAUCUCUUGUGUGAUCUUGUUCGGAGCAUGUAUUGAAGGUGUGGUGCUGAGAGACAAGUUUGGGUUCUCAGUAAAGAAGACGCCAGUGAUUGGUGCUCUGGCCUGGCCGUCACCCUGGGUGAUUGUGAUUGGUUCAUUUUUUUCCUGCAGCGGGGCAGGGCUUCAGAGCCUCACUGGCGCCCCUCGGCUGUUGCAGGCCAUUGCUCGGGAUGGCAUCAUUCCCUUCCUACAGGUGUUUGGUCAUGGGAAGUAUAAUGGUGAGCCUACCUGGGCCCUGUUCCUGACAGUUGGGAUCUGUGAGAUAGGAAUCCUCAUCGCUUCGUUAGAUGCUGUGGCCCCCAUCCUCUCCAUGUUCUUCCUGAUGUGCUAUCUGUUUGUCAACCUGGCCUGUGCUAUUCAGACUUUGCUCCGUACCCCCAACUGGAGACCUCGUUUCAAGUUCUAUCACUGGUCCCUGUCCUUCUUAGGAAUGAGUCUGUGUCUCUCACUCAUGUUUAUCUCCUCCUGGUACUACGCCCUGGUUGCCAUGAUGAUAGCUGGCUGUAUCUACAAGUACAUUGAGUACAGGGGGGCAAUGAAGGAGUGGGGAGAUGGUAUCCGAGGUCUGUCCUUAAACGCGGCACGCUACGCUCUUAUCCGGCUGGAGGAAGCACCGCCACACACCAAAAACUGGAGACCUCAGCUGUUGGUGUUGUGUAAGCUGGACUCAGACCUGGCGGUAAAACACCCUCGUCUCCUGUCAUUCACCUCGCAACUCAAAGCAGGGAAGGGACUGACCAUUGUCUGUUCAGUCCUUGAGGGAACCUACAUGACCCGGGGAAAUGACACCAAGACUGGAGAGCAGAACUUGAAAGCUGCUAUGACUGCAGAGAGAACCAAGGGCUUUUCCCAUGUGGUGGUGUCAUCCAACCUGCGUGAUGGUUUCUCCCUGCUCAUCCAGUCAGCAGGACUGGGAGGAAUGAAACACAAUGCUGUCCUGAUGGCCUGGCCAGCUGGUUGGAGACAAGCCGGAGACUCCUCUGCAAGGAGGAACUUCAUAGAGACAGUGAGAGAGACAACGGCAGCACAUUUGGCUCUGCUGGUUGCUAAGAACAUCGACCACUUCCCUGCUAAUCAGGAACGUCUGAAAGUGGGAACCAUUGAUGUGUGGUGGAUUGUACACGAUGGUGGACUGCUCGUGCUGCUGCCCUUUCUACUUAGUCAACAUAAGGUGUGGAGGAAAUGCAAAAUGCGAAUCUUCACAGUGGCCCAGAUGAAUGACAACUCCAUACAGAUGAAGAAAGAUCUCCAGAUGUUUCUCUACCAUCUACGCCUAGAUGCAGUAGUGGAGGUGGUGGAGAUGCAUGACAAUGACAUCUCAGCGUUCACAUAUGAGAAGACACUGGUGAUGGAGCAGAGAUCCCAAAUGCUGAAACAGAUGCAGCUGUCUCGCAUUGAAAGGGAGAGAGAGAUUCAGAGCAUCACAGAUGUAUUGCGGGGCUCCAUAAAGAGGAAGAAGACAUCAGGUGCCCCUUCCCACAACACCCCGUGCAAACCAGAGGAUAAGGCCCAGCUGAUCCAUGACCGCAACACAGCAUCUCAUUCUGCAAUGAAUGACAAAGCUGCAAGCCCCACACCAGAUCAUGUCCAUAUGACCUGGACCAAAGACAAACUGGUCAAUGAGAGGAACAGGCACAAAGAAGGCAUGGCAAUUAAAGAUAUGCUUAAUAUGAAACCUGAGUGGGAGAAUCUCAACCAGUCCAAUGUAAGGAGGAUGCAUACAGCUGUGAAGCUCAAUGAAGUGGUCGUCAAGAAAUCCCGUAACUCACACUUGGUCUUACUCAACAUGCCAGGCCCACCGAAGAACAAGAAAGGGGAUGAGAACUAUAUGGAGUUUUUGGAGGUUCUGAUGGAAGGCUUAGAUCGUGUCCUGUUGGUUCGUGGAGGAGGUCGGGAGGUCAUUACCAUCUACUCCUAGCACCAAGAUAUCCCUAAUUCUUUAGAAAGACACUGGAAGAAAACAUGGUUGAACAGUGAGAAUGCUGGGGGGCAGAUGGAAGUGGGGGGGAGGAAUUUAAAUGAAUGGCUUCAAGGUGUGACAUGGACAAAGAUGUCUGAGGAGGUACAGUACUCUCUUCUCACACUGUCUGAAGAAGAGUGCUGGUUGGAGGACGCUGUGAAGCACAGGAGAGUCUGCCGCAGCCACAGCAUGUUUUUUGCUCAGAUAAAUAAUUUGUUUCUAAAAGAGGUCGUUUCAAUUUAUCAUGUUUGCUACUGCUUUAGGCACUUGUUGGAGGAAACGACAUGAACUAUAUGUUUUGUUGUUUGCUUUGUUUUUUAAGCAUUCCACCGAUUUUGGUAGUUGCCAAUGAGCCAGUUAAUUUUAAAAAGAAAUGCUGACAUAGCUGACAGUAGCUGUAGCAUAGCAGAUAGUGUUGUAGUCAAAACCACCUAACCUGAGACCAAGUGAAGACCAAGUAUUGUUAAACACACAGUCUUAUAAGGGGGUCUAGUUUGGAGCAGCUAUUGCCAUGUAUUACUGUAAGUGCAUUAGCUUUCAGCCUGACAAGCUAAAGGGUCACCUGCAACAAUAAUUAAACUACUUUUCUUUGUUGGC